AUCCAUUAAUUAUUUGUGUGUAGAUCAAAUUACUUUAUUAUAAAAACUGUGAAACAGUGAAGUGACUAUUCAAUGGACUGAUUGUGCGCGGACGCAGUAGCAAGCAGUGAAAGUUUUUAAUUCGCCCGUGAGAUAGUCCAAAGACAAAAGAGUUGGAGACAAUGGACCACCUGUUCCGGCAACGGAGGCUUAGUAUACCCAAAAGAACGAGUGAACUCAUAGCGCUCAUUGCUGUAUCAUGCACCUUAUUCCUGUUCCUACACACCAGAGAACUGAACACGAAACUGCAGCGUAUGCAGCGUCUCAACGAUGACGUCACAGCUUUCAAUCAUCUCACUGACAAAAUCGAGACCGACCGCUCAGCGUAUGCGUCGGCGCAGGAAUAUAAAGAGGCUUUGGAGGCAUUGCGCAGGAACACCGGCGUUGAACGCUCAAAACCGCAAAGAACCCUCGAAUCGGAGAUCAUACGUUCUGAGGAGGUGCUUCAAGAGUUGACCGAAGAAAUUCUUCCCGAUCCAUGGGAGUUGAAUAACACAGCAAGAUCUGAUGUGGAGCUCUUGUUCUUUAACCGUGUGCCCAAGGUCGGAAGUCAGACGUUUAUGGAACUCCUGCGAAGAUUGGCUAUUCGUAAUCAAUUCGGCUUUCAUCGAGAUGCAGUACAACGUGUAGAAACCAUUCGUCUGGCCCCAGCUGACCAGCAGAUCCUGGCUAGCAUAGUAUCUGCCCAUACGCCGCCAGCUUCCUACAUCAAACAUGUUUGCUACACAAACUUUACACGGUUUGGCUAUCCUUCGCCAAUUUAUGUGAAUGUGGUCCGUGAUCCAAUAGAACGAGUUAUAUCUUGGUACUACUAUGUGAGAGCGCCGUGGUACUAUGUCGAGAGGAAACGAGCUUUCCCUGACCUGCCCCUGCCCGAUCCAGCUUGGCUUAAGAAGGAUUUCGAAACGUGCGUACUGAGUGGUGACCGGGAGUGCAGAUAUAUGGAAGGAGAGACACAUGAAGGGAUUGGAGAUCACCGAAGACAGACUCUGUUCUUCUGUGGCCAUGAGCCUCAGUGCACGCCUUUCAACACAGCAGAAGCAUUGCAACGUGCGAAACGCGUUGUAGAACAACAGUACGCGGUGGUGGGAGUUCUGGAAGAUAUGAACUCAACUCUGCUGGCCUUUGAACGAUACGUGCCUCGAUUCUUCAGAGGAGCGUUAAGAAUGUAUUGGGAGGAGCUAAACACAUUCAACCGGAUCAACCGAAACGCAUUUAAACCGCCCGUUUCCGAGGAAGUGAAGAACAUCGUACGCGCGAACUUCACGCGAGAGAUCGAAUUCUAUGAGUUCUGUAAGCAAAGGCUUCACAUGCAGCUGAAGGCUUUACGAGAUCCCGCCAUUACUUUGCCCUCAACCCCAAGUGACAGGAGGAGACUUACGUAUGAUAGAUUAUAAAUAUAUCCUAGUUAUAGAAUCAGUACUCGGAGUCGUUAUUAAUUUUAGUACUUCGUGUUAUUUUUUAUCUGUAAACUGUUAUUUUUACUUAUAUCUAUAUGUAACCCGAUGUUCAUGUAUUUUUAUUUAUUGUAAAUAUAGGGAAUAGGCUAGUAAAGUAUAGCUUAUCUAAACGAAUUAUUAAUUGUGUAAUGCAGUGAAACUACGAAAUUAAACAGUGAACCUAUAUAACACUAUUCGGGUAUCCAUGAACAAUUAAAGAGUGCAGUUGUAAGUCAAAGUUAGAUAAUAAAACAGUGUAAUAACAAAAUACCACCACGACGUGACUGCCUACCCUGACAAUGAUGGUGUCCACACGCCACUUUGGUAAGGCACCCCAAGUCAUCGGUGCAUAAAAACAUCAAUUAUUACCCCUUCCCCACAAAAGAGGCCCGUAGGAGCCCUCGAAAUGUCCUAACGAAUCCUGAUGAUCCCAUAACUAAGGACAAAUUAACAGCCGCCAAAUCAGAUUGAGAAAUCAU